AUGCCUUCUCCUCCAAUUCAAGUUUUCCUUACUACGAUUGCCUCACAGCCCGCUCUUAGGCAACGCCAAGAAUACUUGUUGCGCAUUUUACAGGUUAAGAAGAUUUCUUUCACUUCAUACGAUCUAGCAUCGGACGAGAUCGCAAAACGCUUGUGGAAGCGUAAGGCACCUCUUGACAAGCAGCAAUUGCCCGGGAUAUUGGUUGGUGGAAAAUUCCCCGGUACCUUCUCUGAUUUCGAAGAAGCUGUCGAAUAUGGAGAAUUAGAUCAAUUCCUUCGUCUGAAAGAAACUUGGGACGAUGACUUGGAUAAUAUAACCAAACCUCCCGUUCAUCCUAUUGGCGUUCCAGGUGCUAUGCUUCCUCUUCAAAUGACCCCCGACCAUCUAAAAUCGAAGAUUUUGGCCAGCCCACAGUCAACCCCUGGAAAGAAGCCAGAGCCGGUCAACAAACCUGGUGCUCGUGACGGUGAAUUUGAUGUAAGCACAGAGCUAUCUGGGUAUGGGCUACAGGGUGUGAUGGCCACAGAAGCUGAGUUGGCGGACUUGGUCGCGGAGCUAGGUCUUGACGGAGAUGAAGCUGGCGAUCUGGUCAAAGGGUUAUCGGGGGGCUCGUCGGCUGAACGGGAAGAAAAGGGAAAGCAGGAAAUAGAAACGAGAGAAGAUUUGAAGGAGUUGAAGGAGGAAUCCAAGGAGAAGGAGGCGAUAGCAGAAGUGAAGGAAUCAAAGAAGGAAUUGAAAGAGGCUCCCGCAAAAUCUCCGGAGGAAAGCCUAACGGAAAGCUUAACGAUAUCGCCGCAGGAAAAGUGA